GUGAAUGGGUGUGUGUGCAGAGUGAACAGAGGAGUGAACAGAGGAGUGAACAGAGGAGUGAACAGAGGAGUGAACAGAGGAGUGACUGGACAUUUCACUUUAUACACAGUAUAUAUACAGGAGGGUUAAAGAGUGAAGUGUCUCUUUAAUACUGAGUUCUAAAGAUAUUUAAUUCCAGUUCAGGCUGAUAAAUCUGUGUGUGAUCAUGCCAGUGAACAUGGCUGUGCAGCUCUACAUCACACACUCUCCACCUCUGCACAGCUUCCUCAGCUCAUAUGAGGACUACAGAGCAAGGAACCUCAUCAACUUUCAAUGUAAACCUCUACGUCCCUGCAUCAACAUUAAAAACACACACAACAUCAGUCCCAAUCCGCCGUGCUGCGCCCGGCAGGCUCCCCAAGCCAAAGCUAAGAAGAAGGUGGUGUUCGCCGACUCCAAAGGCAUGUCGCUGACCGCAGUCCGAGUUUUCUCCCCUGGCGAAAAUAAAAAAUCAACCUCGCUCCAGCAGUUCCAUGUUCCGAAGUUAGAGGGCGCUCUUAAUCUUGUCCAGAGCAGAAUCCUGGAGUUUCGCCAACCCGCAGCAGAAUACGUGGACUUCAGGAAUCGACUGAUGAAGAAUUUGGUGUGUCUUGAGAGCUGCACGCUGCAGGGCCGCACGCUUACCGGGACCAUUAAAGUGCGGAAUGUGACCUUCGAGAAAUCCGUCCAUGUUCGGAUCACCUUUGAUUCAUGGAAAACCCACAGAGACGUCGAGUGUACUUUUAUGAACAUCAUCGGAUGUAGAGACACCGACACGUUCUCCUUUGUCAUUGAAAUUCCAGCAUGUGUCCUGCCACGGGACAGUGUGGAGUUUUGCAUUCGCUACACCAGCAGUGGAAAGACGCACUGGGACAACAACAACGGAAAGAAUUACGCACUUGUGGCGACACACGAUGAGAAGAAGGAGACGACUAAGGAGACAGAUUCACUCGAUCGAUUCAGAAGCCAGCAGAGGUGCAACAGAAUUUCUCCUGAGUGGGACAAAAUGAUAGGGAUCAGCGCCCCCUACUGGUGACACACAGUCACACAACCUUAAUAAGGUAUAAGCUAUAAAACAGCAACAAAAGCUUUCUUUUGUCGUUCAUCAGAACAGAGAUCUCCUUCCAUCUGAUUUUUACCUCUGUUCAUGCUUGAGACUUCAUCAUCUUUACAGACUGACAUUUCUUUACCAUGUUAUUCUGUCAUACUGAUAGUUAUCAGUCUGCGUGAUGGGAAAUUAUUUUCAAGCAGCUUUAAUGGACUCUGAACAUAAAAAUAACUGAAAAUCACUUCAACACGAACUGGAGGAAGAGCCGUGCCUGAGAUCCUCCUUCAUAUUGAAGGUUGAAUGUGUAUUUGUUUUAAAUUUCAGAAUGAUUCCUCUCUGUAGCUCAGAGUGUUAUUUCACACAGUCACUGUGUUCAUGUUGGGGAUUUCUGUCUGCUUGAUGGAUUUGCUUUGAAAGAGUGUGUCUCAUUUUUGCCUGGAUGGUCUCCUGUUGAUUUGAUGUGGUGUGAAUGAAUAAACACUCGUGACAAUACAGAAAGUGUCUGUUU